UAUGCGUACACACUCUGUAGUACCCUUGUGUUGUGUAAACAUGUAAACAAAAUUAUAUUUUCAUUGAUAAAAUAACAAGAACGAUGCCAUCCCAUUCAAAACAACUUACCAACAGCAGCACCAAUAAGCCAGCUUCGAGUGUAAUGAAAGUUAAAUCGAAAAACAAACGCCGAAAUCGUAAAAAGAAGAAGCAAAAAGUUCAAUAUCCCAUUCAUGAAAUGCGAAAAAUGACCAACACAAGCGUAAAUUCGGAAUACAAUGCAACAGAUGCCGAUUGUAACUUAAAACAAAAUCAAAUGGCUGUGGCACAAAUGUGGGCAAAGACAUAUGAAACAAUGAUAAGGCUGCAAUAUCAACAUCGGAUUCAAUACUGGAAGAAUUUGGCAAUUAAUCGGGAUGCAGAAAUUCAGAAACUGAAGGAAAAACUGCAAGGAAAUUGUACAGAUUACGAUGAGAUUGAAUCAGCGGACGAGGACGAAACGAGCGCUAAAUGUACCGGUCAGAAAAAGUGUGAGGAAUCCGAGGAGUCUGAUGAAUCGUAUCUGAAAUUUUUGGAAAUUACAUUACGUCACAGACAACAGCGUAAACGCAAUCGCGAGAAUGAAGCCGAUUCGAAAUAGUAUUUCGAGUGCUCCUAAUUUUGAACAAUAAAAUGUCAAUAUUAUCUUAGAUUUUGUGACUUCUUUAUGUGGC